AUGAGGAACAAUAGCCAUUCCCCACCCAAAGCAGGAGUCCUUGUCAAUAUAGCCCUUGGGUUUUUGGCUGGAUGUGUCUUCGCUUUUAUGUUUCCCAAUGUCUUCCUCCCUUCUAAUGCAAUCACUUUUUGCAGUAACAGUCUGCUGGGAUCUAACAUUCAGGCAAAUUCAACUCAAUGUGAAUCAUCAGAUCAGGUCGAUCUGUUAAAAUCAGAGUUUGCAGCAGUAUCAGAGAAAAACGCUCAGCUGAAAAAACAGGUCCAGGAGUUGACUGAAAGGUUUCAACUAGCAAAGCAAGAGAGUGAUCGGGCUCAAAAGCAGUCUCUUGCGUUGGCUGAACAGCCUAAAGCUGGGCCUUUUGGUACUGUUAAGGGAUUAAGAACUAACCCUACUGUUGUUCCUGAUGAAUCUGUGAACCCAAGAUUGGCAAAGAUAUUAGAGAAAAUAGCAGUUCAAAACGAGCUUAUAGUUGUCCUUGCAAAUGCCAAAGUGAAGGAGAUGUUGGAAAUUUGGUUCACCAGCAUUAAGAGAGUUGGUAUAACCAAUUAUCUGGUGUAUGCUUUAGAUGAAGAAACCUCAAAAUUUUGUCAGUCAAAUCAGGUUCCAGUGUACAGGAGAGAUCCAGAUGAAGCUAUUGAUUCCAUUGGAAGAAAGGGACGCGGUGAUCAGAUUUCUGCGCUUAAAUUUCGCUUUCUUAGAGAAUUUCUGCAGCUGGGAUAUAGUGUUCUUCUAUCAGAUGUUGACGUUGUAUUUCUGCAAAAUCCUUUUGAUCAUCUGAUCCGCGAUUCAGACGUAGAGUCCAUGAGUGAUGGUCAUAACAACAGGACUGCAUAUAUGUAUAAGGACGUCUUUGAUGACCCUACAAUGCGUUGGUCUCGAUUUAUUCAUACUAUAAGGAUGUGGGUUUUCAAUUCUGGUUUCUUCUAUAUCAGACCCACAAUCCCUGCAAUUGAACUUCUGGAUCGUGUGGCCGCUCGGCUUUCGAGGCAAAGGGCUUGGGACCAAGAUGUUUUCAAUGAAGAACUCUUUUAUCCCUCGCAUCCUGGUUACGUUGGGCUUUAUGCUUCCAAAAGAACAAUGGAUAUCUACCUCUUCAUGAACAGUAAGGUUCUAUUUAAGACUGUGAGGAAUGAUGCUAAACUCAAAAAACUUAAACCGGUAAUUAUUCACAUAAACUACCACCCAGAUAAGCUUCCACGAAUGAAGGCCGUUGUUGACUACUACGUGAAUGGGAAGCAGGAUGCUCUCCAACCUUUCCCUAUUGGCACACCUAGGACCUAG